CUUCCCUCGGCGCCGCCUCGCUGGGGACGGCAGCGGGGCGGGAGGGGGGAUCUCUCCCGCUCAGCGCCGUCAGCUCCGCCGGUGAAGCUGCCCCAGGGUCUCCCUCGCGCUUCUCUGAACUAGCUCUGGCCUUUGGGCAGCUACGCGGCGAGUCCCGCCGGCUGGCUAACGCACCUGGCAACCGCCCUAGCAACCGGCUAGUUGCUCUGCUUGUAAAGCUCUUGGUUCCAAUGACCUUCUCCUCUUCUUCCACAGAAAGUGUUCAUCAUGUUGGGCUCUGGGUUCAAGGCUGAGCGCUUGCGAGUCAACCUGCGUCUUGUCAUCAACCGUCUCAAACUGCUGGAGAAAAAGAAGACCGAGCUGGCCCAGAAGGCAAGGAAGGAGAUAGCAGAUUAUCUGGCAGCUGGCAAAGAUGAGCGUGCCAGGAUUCGUGUGGAGCAUAUCAUCCGUGAAGAUUACCUUGUGGAGGCCAUGGAGAUCCUGGAGCUGUACUGCGAUCUGCUGCUAGCCCGCUUUGGCUUGAUUCAGUCCAUGAAGGAGCUGGACUCUGGCCUGGCAGAAGCGGUGUCUACACUGAUUUGGGCUGCACCACGACUCCAGUCAGAAGUGGCUGAGUUGAAGAUUGUUGCUGACCAGCUGUGUGCCAAGUACAGCAAGGAGUAUGGGAAGCUGUGCCGGACAAACCAGAUCGGGACAGUCAAUGACAGGCUGAUGCACAAGCUGAGCGUGGAGGCGCCGCCCAAGAUUCUGGUGGAGAGAUACCUGAUCGAGAUCGCCAAGAACUACAACGUGCCCUACGAGCCUGACUCGGUGGUGAUGGCUGAAGCCCCUGCAGGUGGAGAGGCAGAUCUAAUUGAUGUGGGAUUCACGGAUGAUGUGAAGAAGGGUGGCCAUGGAGGGGGAGGAGGUGGUGGAUUUACAGCCCCGCUGGUCGGUCACGAUGGGCUAGUGCCCAUGCCUGUGAUGAUGCCGAUGCCCAUGCCAACGCCGAAUCCGCCCUUCUCCUACCCGCCUCCAAAGGGACCGGAGAACUUCAACGGCCUGCCAGUGGGGACCUACCAGCCUUUCGCUAACAUCCAUCCACCGCCGAUCCCAGCAACCCCGCCGACAUACGAGUCUAUCGAUGAGCCUGAUGCUGACAAGGAGGCUUCUGCGCCGGUGCCCGGGCCCGGGCCCAAGUCAGAAGCUUCUCCUAAACCGAGAGCUGGAGCUCCUAAUACCGUCAGUAACUUUGUGCUGCCUGAGCUGCCAUCUGUGCCCGAUACGCUGCCAACAGCCUCUGCUGGCGCCAACUCUUCCACCUCUGAAGACAUUGACUUUGAUGAUCUCUCUCGGAGGUUUGAGGAGCUAAAGAAGAAAACAUAAAACCGAUGGGGCUACAACUCCAGUGUGAGGCAGGAGUGGUGAUGGCUGCUUCUCUCCAAGACAGACUUCCCUUUGAAACUUGUUUUUUCUCUAUUAACCUCUGAUGAAUGCGCGCUCUUCUUGAACUGUUCCUGCUGUACUUAAACCAAGCGCUGCCACUUUCCC